AUGUCUCAUAGAAGAAGAGCUUAUCCACAGCCAACUUACGAUUACGCCAACCAGGUUCCCCCUGGUGGCCCUAUUGGAGGUGCUCCUGGUGCUCCUGGUGCUCCUGGUGCUGGUGUUCCCGGUGGAGCUUAUGCCCCUGCUAUUACCGCCAAUCCUGCUGCUUCCACCGUUCCUACUGUUCCUAUGGUUCCUACGGUUCCUAUGGUCCCUGGUGCGGUUUUCGGUACUGGCGUUGCUCCCGGUACUGCUUCUGCCCCACUGGACCAACUUUCCCAAGGCGUCAACCAGCUUCAUUUGGGACCUAAUGCCGGUACAGGAUACCCAGCUUAUAACGGUGUUCAAACUGCUCAACAGCAGCCCAUGCAACAGCAAAAUGCCGGAUAUAAUCAGGGAUAUACUGCAGAACAGCCUCAAAGUGGCUCCUACGGUGCAUAUGGUGGUGCAUAUGGUAACGGUGCGGCCGCAAAUGGUGCAUAUGGUGCAGCGGCACCUCCUGCAACCCCUCUCAAUCAGCUCUACUCUACAGACUUGUUGAAGGAGCUUCCUGCGCCUAUUGCAGACCUCCAAUUCCCACCUCCACCGAUCAUUCUUCCACCAACUGCACUGACUACAGUCUCGGAAAAGUCCAACUCCGAUUAUAACUACUUUAGAUCUACUUUGAACGUUGUUCCUUCCACAAGCAGCCUCCUGAAGAAGUGUAAACUCCCAUUUGCGCUUGUUGUUCGUCCCUAUGUUACAUUACACGACUCUGAUGACGAUGUUCCCGUGGUUCCAGACUGUGUCAUUGCUCGUUGCCGUCGUUGCAGAGCAUACAUCAAUCCUUUUAUCCAUUUCACAGAGAAUGGACGCCGCUGGAGAUGCAAUUUCUGUGGUCUUUUGAAUGAUGUGCCUGCAGCAUUUGAUUUCAAUCCUGUUACUUCUGCUCAAACCAACCGAAUGGACAGAAAUGAGCUCAACCAUGGUGUAGUUGAGUUUGUAGCUCCUCCUGAGUAUAUGGUGAGACCACCUCAACCUGUAGUGUAUGUUUUCGUGCUCGAUGUUUGUAAGUUCUCGAUCCAGAACGGUCUGUUGGCCACGGUUACACGUACUAUUCUUGAAAGUUUGGAUAGGAUCCCGAAUAAGACAGGACGUGCAAGGGUGGCGUUUAUGGCUGUCGAUUCCGGCAUCUCUUAUUUUGCCAUUCCACGCGAUGAGGAGACGGAUGCAGAAACCCAUAUGAUGAUUGUUUCGGAUACUGAGGAGACUCUUAUUCCAUCUCCAGAAGGAAUACUUGUGAAUCUCAAGGAAUGCCGUCAGAACGUUGAAAGAUUGUUGAGUAACAUUCCGGAGUACUUUACACAGAGUGUGAACACGGAUUCUGCCCUAGGACCAGCAUUAAAAGCUGCCCAUAGCUUGGUUUCUCACAUCGGUGGUAAGAUUGAGGUGUUCACAUCGACUUUACCAAAUAUUGGAAUUGGCAAAUUAACUGUAAGAGACGAAAAUUCAGUGGCUAACAAAGCGAAAGAAGCUUCAGUUCUUCUCAGUUCAAACUCUUCGUUCUACAAGUCAUUUGCUGUGGAAUGUAACAAGUCCCAAGUUACGGUGGAUAUGUUUCUCACGGGUUCAUCUUAUCAGGAUGUGGCCACGCUCUCGAACUUACCUCGGUUUACAUCUGGACAGACACAUUUCUACCCUGCCUGGUCAGCAAACAGUGUGGAGGACAUUACAAAGCUUUCGAAAGAGGUGUCAAACCAUCUCAGUAUGGAUAUCGGAAUGGAGGCAGUGCUCAGAGUGCGUGGGUCUAACGGCUUACGGAUGCACUCGUUCUUUGGAAACUUCUUCAAUCGGUCAUCGGACUUGUGCUCGUUUCCUACGUUCCCACGUGACCAAUCGUACGUCAUUGAGGUGUCUAUAGAGGAUUACAUUACCAAACCUCUGGUUUACUUUCAGUGUGCAGUGCUUCACACCACAUGUUAUGGCGAGAGAAGAAUUCGUGUGAUGACCCUGACAUUACCGACAUCGAAGGAUUUGAAGGACAUCUAUGCUUCAGCAGAUCAAUUGGCCAUUACCAACUUCUUUGCUCACAAAGCUAUAGAGAAGACAUUGUCUUCGUCGUUGAAUGAUGCCAGAGACUAUCUUCUCAAGUCAGUGGUGGAUAUUCUUACGGUUUACAAGAAGGAGAUUGUUCCAGGAAAUGUUGGCUCAUCGUCACCUUUGCAGAUUUGUACAAACUUAAGGAUGUUGCCAUUACUGCUACAGGCUCUUUCUAAAAAUAUUGCGUUUAGAACAGGAAGGGUUCCGUCAGAUCACAGAGCUGCAGCACUUAACAAACUUGGUUCUAUGCCGUUACCUUACCUUAUUAGAUCCAUUUACCCAACUGUGUACAGUCUUCACACUCUGACUGACGACUGUGGACUUCCAUAUGAUGGAGAGGACGAUCCAUAUGAUAUUCCACCCAAGAAGCACGGCGAGAUUGUACUUCCAGAGGCUAUCAAUGCUUCGUGUAUGAAUUUGGCAAGAUUCGGACUUUAUUUGAUCAACAACUCAUCGGAAUUAUUCCUUUAUAUGGGAGGAGAUGCGGUUCCUCAAUUGGUGGAAGAUGUAUUUGGUGUUCAGUUGGUUAGUGAGAUCAAGGUUGGUAAGACCGAAGUUCCAGAACUUGAGAAUGAGUUCAAUAGUAGAGUGAGAAACAUUAUUGCCAAAGUUCGUGAGGGAAAUGAUAGCAUCGAGUAUUUGAACUUAUAUGUUGUUGUUGGACCAGGAAGUAAUGAGAAUGGAGCCAUGAAUAGAGAUGUGAUUCCACUACGUAUUUGGUGUAUGUCGGAGAUGGUUGAGGACCGUGCUACUUCGAAUUUGAGUUACAAGGAGUAUUUGGGGCAGUUACGGGAGAAGGUUGCGGUGUGA